UUUCUCUUCUGGAAUGGCGAAGGCAAAGGGGAAAAAGGGUUCGUCUGGGGGAGCGCAGAGUCAUAUCCGUGCACGAUUAGACUAUCUCCAUAAGGCCGCUAUCUAUCUACAGUCUGCUGGUGUUGCCUCCAAGCAAUCUAGUAGCCAGCUCGUUCAGAAUGGUACCAGUCAAGACGGCGAGCCAGGGUCGGCUUCAGCACGUAUUGUACCACUUUUCUUGAGCCAUGAUACUACUCCUGGGCAAAAGUCAACUGGCACGCACACCAGCGCAAAUACAGAUCGUCUUCCGCAGCUCUCUCGCGUAUUUAUAUCACAAAUGCGUGGAGUGUCUCUAAAAACACAGAUGCGACUGCCAGUCGAGACGAAAAGGUCAUACUGCAAACGCUGCGAUACACUUUUGUCGCCAGGUGUCAGCUGCAUACAAGAAAUCAGAAACGAGAGUCGUGAUCGCAAAAAGCCAUGGGCCGACGUCCGGGUCAUCUGUUGCACUACCUGUGGGACGGAGAAGCAUUUUCCUCUAACAGAAAGGCGAACCAAAAAGCUUUCUGAGCGUCGAAAGCAAAGAGAACAGGAGAAGGAACAAGUGCCAGCUCCAUGACCUUUUUUGCUGUUCCUGUACUGUU